UUAACACCAAAACAAAAAGGAAACGAACUUGAACUUUUUCUUUUACAACUUUUACGAGAAAAUUCAAUCAAAUGUAAUGCAACAAGAACAGGUUAUUUUGUCAAUUCAACAUUUACUUCUAUUGGUGAUGGUGGGAUUAACUUAUUUGAAUUUUCUGGAGUAUUAGCAAAACAAGCAGAAGGUACUAUAGAAUUUUUUGGCACAAAUACUACUUAUUCUUUAAAUGCUCACAAUGAGGCAAGUAAUUCAAAACAACAGAUUAUUCUUUGUCACAAAGAUAAUGUGAUCGAAAAAAUUAAAGCAACAAAAUUAAAAUUAGAAAAUGAAGAGUUACAAAAAAAUUUAUUUGAAUUAAAUGAUUUGGUAAUUGAAAAUCUUGAAAUCGAUUCUGAUGAAUCUACUGUAUAUUUGUUUG